CAUCGACCAUGAACAUGACUUCCACGACGGCCUCUGAACCCAAGGAAGACGUCGGUAAGCCACCAGGUCCUGCGGAUGCCAAUGUUGUUGGUAGUAUUGCGCAGCAAGGCAUCAUUGGGCAGUGUCUACGGGACGCUCUUCAGGAUGUCAUGGAUCAACAAGAGGGAACUGUCGAUGGAGACGUCGUGGGCGCAGAGGAACAAGACGACGACGACAACUCCGAUGACAAUCCCAGCAACAACAAAAAGAUCAAGCUGGGCGAACACAUGGUGGAUGGUAUCAUGCAACGAUUUGGUCAAGCCGUGGCGGAAAGCAGCAGCCAUGAUGCACCACCAGCCCUCUUGCGAGGGAGAAUGGAUCACUACAAUCGAUUCAAUGACAAGUGGAGGAUUAUUGUCAAAGACGUCACGCUCAAGCGACGAGUGGCGUUGCCAGUAGAUCGAAAGAAAAAGGCCCGCACUUCGCUAUGGGAAAAAGUGGGAGAGCAGGAAACUGUGCGCAUGGAAGCAGCAGCAGCAUCGUCGUCGUCAUUGCAGCUGCUAGCGUACGAUGAUCUAUAGUACAUACUGUAUCAAUGUAUCAAUCAGCAGGGCUUGUACUUACGAAGCAAAAUCAAGCGAUUGCUGGAAAGCAAGCAAGUUGUACUGGGGUGAUAAAUUUGCUUUUGGUAUACAUGAGCUUUCAGCUAUUUGCAAGUCUCAAGCUAGCUAGCACCAACCGGCCAGAAUGCUACCGUACUGUACAAAUUGGGCAUGUGAUUGACAAGUCAGGCAGGGGGAAAGAACUGCAACAAUCUUUGACACGUACAAGAUUAUUGCCGUGCUGUUUUCUGCUCAAUUGGGACAUUAUCAUUCCGUGGCACAUUGUGGCUCCGUUGGCAGAUCCAACAGCUUUGGCAGAAUCCAAAGAGAGCCCUAAAAAUGCCGCCAUUGCAUUGGUUGCGGACUAUGUGGAACUGGAGCUCAUGGACCCUGAUGAGCUGCCUGCUCUUGUUGGAGCAUCGGGUUUGGUGGCAAAGGAACAACUGUACAAUGCCUUCAAAAAGCAAGCAUGAUCCUUUUGUUGACUUGAACCGGCAUCCUCUUCAAUAAGUUGGAGAAGAACUAGAGUCCAAAACUUUCUCUUGACUGGACUGUCAUCGCCGCUUCUCUGGGAUACCCAGCAUUGUGGCUCGGUGUGGCAAAAACGUUCAUAUCAUGUUGACCCAAUGCGGUUGUUGGGGGUGCGAGUGGCUACUCUGGGAAUGAGCGUUCCAAAGCUCAUUCAUUUGAUCAAAAUCUGGGCCAAGCUGCCAAAUUUGGAGGGGGUUUCAGUGUUACCAUGACACUUGAGGUGACAGCAGGAAGUCCACACAACGGAGCUUUAUCAAUCUCAGUCAACGGUCAACAAACUGUCCAAGCAGUGUCCAAUUGUCGAAAUCAUCUUCUGGAGAUUGGCUCUGCUUUUGUGCCAGCUGUGAUGUGUCAUGUCUUGCAGUCAGUACCACUAUUGUGGAUGUUCGGAGGCUCUAGUUGCUGCUCAUGGUUCAUUUUUGGUUGCUGUCCUUAGCUAAACUAAAUGCUUAGCAGAAGGUUUUCCUUGCAUCUGUGUGGUGUGGGUUCCACUCAAUCAUCGACUGUUUCGUACAGUAGCAUUUCACCUGACGGAAAGACUUGUCGAACUGGUUUCAGUACGCGCCGCAGCGCCAUGCUUCGCUCUCGCU